UGUAUGUUGAGCUCACGUAUCAGAACUUUUUUACCUGUUAUUUGUUCUUUCUUACUGUAAUUUGACGGUGUAACACGUACAGAAUCGACUCUUCUCGCAAAAUCAUACAUUAAUUAACAAAGUAUCAAAGAACAUCCUUCCGUUUCUUGACCACAGAAUUUUACGCAUUAUUUUGCCAUGAAAAACCAGGAUUGGUACUUGGAACACAUAAUCAAACUGGGCACAGCCAUAUCUCAACUGGAGGAUCGUGACCUAGCUCCAGGACCCAUAGCCAACGCCCUUUUCAGUGGACUGGUCCACAUCGUUCGAGAAUUUCCCCCUUUCGACGUGUCUCAAAUCUUGCUGGAUCCCACCGUCCAGUUUUUGCAACCCCUUGUCGUCGAGAAGUGCAGUGUGGCCGAGUACUUACUUGAAGUUGAAUUUGCAAGACGUGUCAUCCUGUAUGGCGUAAAGCUGAGUGAUUUCAUGUAUUAUGAAAAUUAUCAACUCCUCGUCGAAUUUGAAAUGAAAUGCUUAGCCGAGUACAUUUUUCCGUUAAAAAUUGUUGAUGAAAUUGCGGAAAUCGUCAUCGUGGGUUCGGGACCUUUGCCACUUACGUCGAUCGUUGUCUUGCAGCAUUUGCACCAAUCAGCACAAAUUGUUAAUUAUGAUCACAACGAGGAAGCCAAUGUCAUGGGGGCGGGGAUCGUAGCGUCGUACGGUUUGGAGAACAGGGUUAAUUUUGUGCAAUGCACUGCUCUGAAUAUUGAGACCCUUCAUAAUGCGGAUGUUGUCUAUAUGGCGGCCCUUGUUGGAAAUAAUGCACAGGAGAAAAGGGAAAUUAUAAGUCAUCUUUACAAAAUUAUGAAACCUGGGGCAAUCCUGGCUGCAAGAUGUUCAACUGGACUUCGGGAAUUUAUCUAUCAACCAAUUAGCCAAGAGGAUUUUGGGGAUUUCGAACAGUUUCAACAGUAUGAUCCAGACAAUGAGGUUAUCAUUAAUUCUAUAGCUCUAGGGAGGAAAUUUCUAGACCAUUAAGAUGAUUUAAUGAAUGUAAAGAAUGUAUUUUAAUAAAAACGACGAAUCAAGUAAAUGUUUUAAAUUUAA